AUGUCUAGUGCUGUUCCCAGGACCAGGAUUGAAAAACACUGGGCUAAACUGAUCACUUACUCUUUGCUGACUUUUCCCAUCUUUCUUAAAGGCUCAACUGCAGAGGACAAUAAAGCUGCUCUUCAUGAGAUCAGCCGCAAACUGAAGGACAAAUUAAAACAGGAGUGUGAGCGAAUAUUGGUUGGUAAUUCUCAGACGGGUCAUCAGAAAUACCUGAACGAUAUUUACACUGAUCUAUAUGUGGUGAAUGAGACUGGAGGAAUAGUGAGUGAGCAUGAGGUUAGACAGAUCGAAUUCAAACAAUUUGAUGCCAAGGACACACCGAUCCAGUGCAAUAACAUUUUUAAAGUCCAUAAUGGUCGACGAAACAGAAAAGUCCUAAUGAUGGGCAUUGCAGGGGUAGGAAAAACAGUCUCUGUCAAUAAAUUCAUCCUUGACUGGGCUGAAGAAAAAGAAAAUCAGGAUAUUGCCUUAAUUUUUCCUCUUCCAUUCCGUCAGCUAAAUUUGAUCACAAAUAACUGCAGUCUCAUGGGACUGCUUCACAAAUGCUUCUUUAGUGAUGCUAAAGAUCUGUCCUCUCUUCCUGAUGGUGAUGGUAAAAUCAUGUUCAUCCUUGAUGGGCUGGACGAAUGUCGCUUCCCUUUGAGGUUUAAAAAUGAUGACAUAUUUACAGAUGUUCACAAAGAAACAACAGUGAGUAAGAUAGUUACAAACCUUAUCAAGAGACAUCUGGUUCCCUCUGCUCUCAUCUGGAUUACAUCCAGACCAGCAGCAGCCAGUCUGAUACCCCGAGACUACAUUGAUCAAGUGACAGAAGUGCGAGGAUUUAAUGAUGAGCAGAAAGAGCAAUUCUUCAGAAAUAACAGCAGUCCUGGGGUUUCUGAAAUCAUUAUCCGUCAUAUAAGGAAAUCUAGGAGCCUGUACAUCAUGUGCCAUAUCCCCGUCUUCUGCUGGAUCUCUCUCACUGUUCUUCAGCCUCUACUGGUUCGAGAGAGCAAUGACAAAACACCAACAACCCUCACAGGGAUGUACACAAACUUCUUACUUACUCAGCAGCAACAGAUGAAAGCAAAAUACAGUGAUGAUUCUGAACCUGAAGCCAGUAUCAGGUCUUUUGAUCAGAUUAUUCUGAAGCUUGGGAAACUGGCCUUUCAACAGCUGGAGAAAGGAAAUCUGAUUUUCUACAAAGAAGAUCUUGAGGAAUGUGGACUAGAUGUCAGUGAAGGGUUUGUGUUCUCUGGCUUAUGCACUCAGAUCUUUCAGGAGGAAAAUGCUGUUUCAACAAGAAAUGUUUACAGCUUUGUACAUCUCAGCAUGCAGGAAUUCAUUGCUGCUCUCUAUGUGUUUUUUAUUAACAAAAACAAGAAAGCAAACCCAUUUCUUAAAUCAUGGAAAAAGCUGACAUUUAAACUCUCCACAAAGCCACUGUUCAAACUCCAUAAGGCUGCAGUCAAGAAGGCUUUGCAAAGCAAGAACGGACACCUGGACCUUUUUCUUCGGUUCCUUAUGGGUCUCUCUCUGGAAUCCAACCAGAGAGACCUGAAGGAACUACUGCCAGGACUGGAAAUAAAAACAGAGAAUGUUACAGACACUGCUACUUAUAUCAAACAAACAAUAGAGACAGAGAAAUCAGUGGAAAGAACCAUCAAUCUCUUCUACUGUUUGAGUGAACUGAAAGAUGACUUUGUGGAGGAAAUCCAGAAGAAUCUGAGCUCAGGAAAUCUUUCAGUACAGAAUCUCUCAUCUGCUCAGUGGUCAGGUCUGGUGUUUGUGCUACUGAUGUCAGAAGAGACUCAAGAGAAAUUUGAACUGCAGAAAUACAGAAGAUCUGAUGAAGCCGUCAUGAGACUGCUGCCAGUGAUCAAAAACACCAGAAGAGCACUGCUACAGUGCUGUAAUCUCACUUCUCAGUGUUGUGAGAGUUUAUCUUCAGUUCUACAAUCCUCAAUCUCUGUCCUGAGAGAGUUGGACCUGAGUAACAAUAACCUGCAGGAUUCAGGAGUGAAAAUUCUUUCUGAUGGACUGAAGAGUACAAACUGUCAGCUGCAGAUACUGAGAUUUCCCAUAUGUAAUCUCACUGCUCAGUGUUGUGAGAGUUUGUCUUCAGUUUUACAAUCAUCAAACUGUGUUCUGAGAGAGCUGGACCUGAGUAACAAUGACCUGCAGGAUUCAGGAAUGAAGCUUCUUUCUGAUGGACUGAAGAGUCCAAACUGUCAGCUGGAGAUAAUGAGGUUGUCUGGCUGUAUGGUGACAGAGGAAGGCUGUCGUUAUAUGUCUUCGGCUCUGAGUUCGAACCCCUCACACCUGAAAGAGCUGGAUCUGAGAUACAAUCACCCAGGAGAUUCAGGAGUCAAACUGCUCACUGAAAAACUCAACCAUCAAAACUGCACACUCGAUAAACUCAAUGUGGACCAUGGGGGAGAGUUCAGGAUUACAGCAGGACUACACAAAUAUUCCCAUCAGCUCAAUCUGGAUCUGAACACAGUGAAUAAACGCCUCCGUCUGUCUGAAAGCAACACAGUGAUUACUGACACUCUCACAGAGCAGCCAUAUCCUGAUCAUCCGGACAGAUUUGAUAUGUAUCAGCAGGUGUUGUGUAGAGAGAGUGUGUGUGGACGCUCUUACUGGGAGGUUGAGUGGAGUGGAGAUUAUGUGUCUAUAUCCGUGUCAUAUAAGAGCAUCAGCAGGAAGGGAGGGGGUUAUGAGUGUGUGUUCGGACGUAAUGAUCAGUCCUGGAGUUUGAUCUGCUCUCGCUCCAGUUUUUCAUUCACACACAAUAAGAUAGUGACUGAUCUCCCUGUAGAGUCCAUCAGGCAUAGAAUAGGAGUGUAUGUGGAUCACAGUGCAGGAACUCUGUCCUUCUACAGCGUCUCUGGAGAGACAUUGAGCCUCAUCCACACAGUCCAGACCACAUUCACUCAACCACUCUAUCCUGGGUUUAUGCUUGGUUUACUAUCAUCAGUGAAACUGUGUUGUUGAAUCAGAAGACUGUAGAGAGAUUAAUCACGAUAAAUCAGUAACAGUGAGAUAUAAUAGUGUCUUAUUUUCUCUUCAUUACAUUAAUACUGCAGCUGAACUUGUCACUGAAAUAUGUCAGAAUAAAUGUGUGUAAUAAUUCCUCAUAUAGACAGUCAGAUCAGUGUGUGUGUGUAUCUGUUCUUUUCUCAGCCUCUACUAGUGCUGAUGGAAAUCAUUUUUAUUGUAGUGUCACAUCAAUCUCUGUUAUUAGUCAAAAUUACCUUUCAGUUGAAAUGUGCCUUUCACAAAAAUUAUUCAUGAAGAACAUGUCAUUGUCAUAAUUCAUGUGAUUUUUCUCUAUUGUUUGUGCUCAAAUAAUAAAACACAAUGAGAUCAGAUUUGAUCUAAUUGAUGAUGAAUA